UGGUAAUAGAGUAAAAUAAAUUAGAUCUCCAUUGAAAAAUUAUGCCAUUCAACAUCAACACACUCAUGAAUGCAACGUGAAGUUGGAAGUUAUGUGAAUUACUCACAAUGGAAAACAUUUUUAAAGUCAAGGUGAAAACAAAUCCCGACCCACGAUGGCUGUACCCAUCUGAAAGACGUUAUUCUGCAUCCAUUGUCCUAGGCCUUGGAGUGGUUCAUCUGUCAUUUGCACUAGUAUCUCUACUAAUGGCUUCACUUACCAUUACCUCGUCAACAAUGAAUACAGAAGGAUCGCACAAUGAAACAGAUGAGAACUUCACUAACAAUACUCAUAAUAGCGAGCGAAUUGAUCCGUCGACUUCAUUAACAUUGGGACCCUGCCUAAUGUGCAUAGGCGCACUUGGCGCCGGAUUGACGGCUCUGCUGGCAUGGAAAAGAUGGUACAUGGACCACAACAUAUGUUGGUUCUUCCUUAUGUCAGUAGUGUCAACUACGACGUCACUCAUAUGUUUAGUUUUAGUUAUAGUUCUUAUUAUAAUAACCAACUCAAAGGUUGUGCGUCAUCCCAACACUAAAGAUAUGAUCACCAUAAACAUAUUAAUCGCAUCAGCUUUGGAAGCAAUUUGGUCCACUCUCUCAGUCAAGGUUAGCUUUAGCGGAAUGAAGAAUAACUACCCAGACGACAUAGUGAUUCCAAAAAUGGGAGGAAAGGUAGAAGUUAACACGAUUCAUCGAGGGAAUUUGAAGGGACAAGUGGUACCGCCCGAUAUUCUCAGUCAUUAUUGCGAAAAUAUUAAAAUACCAAAACACUUGCAGAAGAAAACGAAUGGUAAUUUACCAAACGAUGAAAGUAAUGCGGAGUAUUAUGAAAGAGUUAAUAAAUUUCUGACUUCUGAUAUCGACACCAAUUCAUCAGCGUCACUAAGCGGGAAACGAAGUAGCAACAAACAAAAUGAUUUCUCAGGCUAGAUUUUUGUGUACACGACUGAUUAGUGUUUAAAUAAAUAUUUUUUUUAUUAAUUUUUA